GAGUUACGGGCCCUGCCAAAAUGACUUUUCUUCUCCGGACAAUCACUCACACUUGACACUCUUACCAAAGAAAUCCCAUCAAAUUCUCAUUUUUUUCACUACUUGAUUCCCAAAUUCCGCCAUGGAUGAUGACAGUGAUCGGAGCUCCGAAGCAACACAACUGGAAGAAAAUACAACAGCGGAAGAUAUGAUGCACCACGAUCACGACGACGAUGAUGAUCAGAGUGACGCUACUCCAUUACAGUAUUCUCCUAUGUCACCCGAGGAAGAUUCAGCUACUUCUCAAUCUCUAACCCUAGCAGUAUCUGAUUUGUCAGAGGUGCCGAUAAAAUACGAGAUGCAACGCGAUGAGUUGGAGCGUUUGAAGAAUCAACUUCAAGGAAGUCACCAAGAAGCCCUAGCAACUGUUAUAGCUCAAGCUGCUCGUGCUCGUUCCAAGAUUCAGAUUUCAAAUUCACAAGGGCAAAUUCAGUUGAAUAAUGCUGAUGUGGCAGAAGUGAAGCAGAACAACACCAUUGAUGUUCCUAGAUCUUUAUCUGCGUCACACAAUGUUAAGACACAGAUUGAUGGAUAUAACUGGAGAAAAUAUGGUCAGAAACAAGUGAAAAGUCCUCAAGGCUCAAGAAGCUACUACAAAUGCACAUACAGUGAUUGUGAUGCUAAGAAGAUGGAAUCAUGUGAUGAAUACAAUUCUGUUACAAAGUUAGUUUACAAAGGCCAACACAAACAUGAUCCACCUACGAAAAUAGUCUCUAAUGGAAGCAAGAUUUUAUCAUCUCCAAAAAGAAAAUCAAUCUCAACACCUGGAUUGAAAUUAAGCAAUUCACAACAAAACCAGAGAGUGAAGAAAAGCAAAAGCAAUGGAGAGAGUCAUGAUUGUAUUCUGAAAAAUCCAAAAAAACCAAAGUUUAUUGUUCAUGCAGCCGAUGAUGUUGAAAUAUCAGCUGAUGGUUACAGAUGGAGGAAGUAUGGACAGAAGAUGGUGAAAGGAAAUCCUCAUCCCAGGAACUAUUACAAGUGUACAUGUGCGGGAUGUGGGGUGACAAAACAUAUUGAAAAGGCGAAUGAUGGAACAUCGAAUAUAGUAAUUACAUAUAAAGGAGUUCAUGAUCAUGAUAAGCCUGUGCCAAAGAAAAGACGUGGUCAUCCUCAUGCUCAUGCUCAUGGUGUUGUUACUUUUUCACCUUCUUCUAACAUGUUAUCAACACAAGUUUCUGGGGCUGAAUCGGUUAAGAGGAUUGAAUCUACUCCAACACUUGUGAGUGUUGGUUUUGAAAUCAAGUAACCAUUUUGGUUCUUUAAGGUUUAGGUUAUAUAUAAAUAUGUUGUUGUGUAGUAGUCUUAGGUAUUGGAUGGAAGGAAUGAAUUUAGCAAUUCUAUUAACAAUUAUAAAAACGAUGAUGAUCUAUAUAAUCCACUGAUUCAAUAUUAGGUGCUUGGAUUGGAUUUUAAAGGCGU